CAGCAGGAUGGGUGAUGCUGAGAGCUGCCUGCUCAGACAACAGACACGCGAGGUCAGGAAGAAGCCGCUUAUAAAUUACCGCUUCCUUCGCGCCGCCGCCAGCGCCGAGCCCAAAGGACUGCGAGCCCAGAGGCCGAGCCGCGCCGGGAGGGAGUGCGCAGCGUUCACCCCGCGGGCCAGAGAGCGAGCGGGCAGGCAGACCCCGGCCGGCGGAACCCGGCGCAGCCGAGCUGAGCGCGGGCGGCGCCGCAGCCACCCCAGAUCCAGAACUAGAACCACAGCCCCUUCUGAGGAGCUUCCAAAUGAGGAGACCUGGCCCCACCCAGAGCUUCCUGUGGUCUUAGUGGGGAAGAAGAAACUUCUGGACCGGCUUCCCAGGGGUGGCUGCACCUGCGGACUGAAGAUGAGCAGGAAUGUGUCUUCCAGGGCCUAGGAACGAAAGCAAGGAGAUGGCCACCAAGGAGAAGCUGCAGUGUCUGAAAGAUUUCCACAAGGACAUCCUGAAGCCCUCACCGGGGAAGAGCCCGGGCACACGGCCUGAGGACGAGGCUGAGGGAAAACCUCCGCAGAGGGAGAAGUGGUCUAGCAAGAUCGACUUUGUGCUCUCUGUGGCUGGCGGCUUCGUGGGCUUGGGCAACGUCUGGCGCUUCCCGUACCUCUGCUACAAGAAUGGUGGAGGUGCGUUUCUCAUACCGUAUUUUAUUUUCCUGUUUGGGAGCGGCCUGCCUGUGUUUUUCUUGGAGAUCAUCAUAGGCCAGUACACCUCUGAAGGGGGCAUCACCUGUUGGGAAAAGAUCUGCCCCUUGUUCUCUGGUAUCGGCUAUGCCUCCAUUGUAAUUGUGUCCCUUCUGAAUGUCUACUACAUCGUCAUCCUGGCCUGGGCGACAUACUACCUGUUCCAGUCCUUCCAGAAGGAGCUGCCCUGGGCACACUGCAACCACAGCUGGAACACACCCCACUGCAUGGAGGACACCAUGCGCAAGAACAAGAGUGUCUGGAUCACUAUCAGCUCCACCAACUUCACCUCCCCUGUCAUCGAGUUCUGGGAGCGCAACGUGCUCAGCUUGUCCCCUGGAAUCGACCACCCAGGCUCUCUGAAAUGGGACCUCGCGCUCUGCCUUCUUCUUGUCUGGCUAGUCUGUUUCUUCUGCAUCUGGAAGGGCGUCAGAUCCACUGGGAAGGUCGUCUACUUCACAGCCACUUUCCCAUUCGCCAUGCUCCUGGUGCUGCUGGUCCGAGGGCUGACACUGCCUGGCGCGGGCGCAGGCAUCAAGUUCUAUCUGUAUCCUGACAUCACCCGCCUCGAGGACCCACAGGUGUGGAUUGAUGCUGGGACCCAGAUAUUCUUCUCCUACGCCAUCUGCCUGGGGGCCAUGACCUCACUGGGGAGCUACAACAAGUACAAGUACAACUCGUACAGGGACUGUAUGCUGCUGGGAUGCCUGAACAGUGGUACCAGUUUUGUGUCUGGCUUCGCAAUUUUUUCCAUCCUGGGCUUCAUGGCACAAGAGCAAGGGGUGGACAUUGCUGAUGUGGCUGAGUCAGGUCCUGGCCUGGCCUUCAUUGCCUACCCAAAAGCUGUGACAAUGAUGCCGCUGCCCACGUUUUGGUCCAUUCUUUUUUUUAUUAUGCUUCUCUUGCUUGGACUGGAUAGCCAGUUUGUUGAAGUCGAAGGACAGAUCACAUCCUUGGUUGAUCUUUACCCAUCCUUCCUAAGGAAGGGUUAUCGUCGGGAAAUCUUCAUCGCCUUCGUGUGUAGCAUCAGCUACCUGCUGGGGCUGACGAUGGUGACGGAGGGUGGCAUGUAUGUGUUUCAGCUCUUUGACUACUAUGCAGCUAGCGGUGUAUGCCUUUUGUGGGUUGCAUUCUUUGAAUGUUUUGUUAUUGCCUGGUUAUAUGGUGGUGAUAACCUUUAUGAUGGUAUUGAGGACAUGAUUGGCUAUCGGCCUGGGCCCUGGAUGAAAUACAGCUGGGCUGUGAUCACUCCAGUUCUCUGUGUUGGAUGCUUCAUCUUCUCUCUCGUCAAGUAUGUACCCCUGACCUACAACAAAACAUAUGUGUACCCCAACUGGGCCAUUGGGCUGGGCUGGAGCCUGGCCCUUUCCUCCAUGCUCUGUGUUCCCUUGGUCAUCAUCAUCCGCCUCUGUCAGACCGAGGGGCCAUUUCUCGUGAGAGUCAAGUACCUGCUGACCCCAAGGGAACCCAACCGCUGGGCUGUGGAGCGCGAAGGAGCCACGCCCUACAGCUCUCGCACCGUCAUGAACGGCACUCUCAUGAAACCAACACACAUCAUUGUGGAGACCAUGAUGUGAGCUCUCUCGGGUCGACGGGGCCGGCCGCUUUCCUGCUGUUUACUAACAUUAGAUUCUCAUAGGACCAGGUUUACAGAGCUUUAUAUUUGCACUAGGAUUUUUUUUUUUUUGUAAUUGUCACAGAAAAUGUAAUUGUGUGUGUGUAUGUGUGGGGGUGUAUGUGUGUGUAUCGUGCGUGUGUGUAUUUUGUUUUGAUUUGGGGGAUAUUUUGUACAAAAAGAAAACCCACGGGAAAAUGUCCGUGGAGAGGCAGAGCUUUCAUACUGAAUUAGAUGUAUUUUAUGGGAAUUUGGUAAAUUUUUCUUUGUAUUUUUUUUUACAUAUAAGUAUAUAUACACUUAGAGAUUGUGAUAUACUUUUACCACUUGAAUCGAUCUUCUUGCCAGCAAUAGAUCUCAUUUUCAAAAGCAAUUCUUCGGUGCUGUGUAGCUGGCAGAAAGUUCUGUCCAGCAAACGCAGGAUGGCAUUUUCCUGGGACUCCAGACCCAUCUUAAGGUGGUGUACCUUCCAAAUCCUGGUUCAGUUGGAAGAAAUAGUAGGCCAGUGGAUCCACUAGCUGGCAGACCCAGAGGGAAGGAGAAAGGAGGGUGGUGAGGAGAUACCUUAUGAAUCUUGGCUUAGUGAAGAAGAAAGAUGCCAAAUGAAUGAACCAACCCUUCACAUAAAAGAGACUGGCUGAAGCUGAAUGAGGAGGCCCUAUAGCAGAGUCUUAUUGUAAGAGCUGUAGAAACUUGCACCAGAUGCAAAAUCCCACUUUUAAUUUUGAGAUGGUGGGUGGAUAGUCAAUAGAUGGUCAGAACCAUUGGCCAGAGAGGGAGCAGCUAGAGAUCCAAGAAGGCUGGCAGGAAUGGGGCUGACAACUCAUCCUCGCAAGAGGUGGCCAAGGCAUGGGGGGCCACAGUCCUUCCUGGGGCACUGGAGGCAGAGAAGGACCAGAGGUCCUCCCAGCAGGAGCUGGGGUUUCAGGGCUCAGAUGAGUCUGUUGCAUUUGAAUGGGGUCAUAGCAGGUUCUGGUCAUGCCCCAAGCAACAUCUCAGCAUCUCUUAAAGUUGCCUGCAGGAAUGAAGCAUGACACACCUGUGGAGGGAUGAGGGGAGCGGUGGGGAGGUGAGUGGACCAAAGGAUGUGGGCGCCAGGCAAGCAGAUGGGCCCAGUGUAGGGGAGGCGUGCUUUCUUUCCUCAUCUUCCCACCCUCAGCUCUGUGCUCACCUCCCAGAGCCUGGGAGACUCCUGCCAAGCCCUCAUUCAAGAUGCCACCCUGGGCUGCCCUGGCACCUAGCAGAGCACACCAAGAGCAGCUUUUGAGUCUGGAUCCUCCACUGGGGGAAGUGCUCCCAGUUCAGAACAAGGGCAGCCUGUGGUGCUGACCUAGGCUAUAGCAAAGCACAUCACUUCAAAACCCCUGCAAUAGCUGGUGUCAGACAUUCACCACAUGGGAACCCAAAAGAGAAGGCCAAGGAGAGUUUUCUAGAAGGUUGGGAUUGUCAGGAUCCUGGCCCCCACAGAACUGGCUUGACCAAGGGCCUUAUGUAGAACAGAGGUUGUCUCUGAACCAGGAGAGAAGGUACUACACCUUUCAAACCCCGUGGGCAGACACACCCCACCCAGCCCCUAUUUGGACCUAAACUGUGCCAUUUGAACAGUCACUUCCAAGCUCAGUCUAAAUGGAACCGAAGCAUGAUCACGCACAAAGGCAGUGACUGCCUCGAGGGGUGCAGACUGGAGAGUUUUCAUAGCAGGGGUUCUUGGAACUCUGGAAACCCCCUUUUUAAAUUCGGGAGGAGGAGUAAGCCUUUGAUUCCCCCCUCCCAAGGGGCAAUUCUGAACCCCGUCUUUGGCAAGCAUACACAUUUCACUGUUUCCAAAGCUAUCUACUCUGCCAAACAACACCCAGUCCUAUUCCAAACUCUCCCCAUUCUAACCUGUUCUUAUUUUUGUUACGUAUUUAUGGUUGCCGUGGCGUCUGAUUUGAUUUUACUGUUUUUCCCUGAUUUUAUGGAGUAGCAUCGUGACCUAUUUUCCUUUGUCUUGUAUAAUUUUAGUAAACUAACCACUGUCAAUGACUGAGGGCAGGUGGCACGUGGGGAAGAGGGGGCUUGGCACGCAGUGGCUACCUGGGCAUUUGUGGUCAUUCAUGCUCUGUCUCCACAGCAGGGGCUCCUCCCCGGGUGAAAGGCCACACUAUUUUGGGUUGGUAGGCGAAUUGUAACAUUCUGGAUAUGGCCUGAGGAAGGCCUCUUCUUAUGAUUCCCAGACCAAAUUCUAGACCAAAGACAUAUGCAGACCAAGUCCCCAGGCCCCGCCUGGAAGGAAGGCCGGCCACCUUCCCCAAGCCAUUCCUCGACCCUCUCCCGAGGCACCUGUCUCCAAUUGCAGCCCUCUCACCCAGCCCUGGCUCUGUGUGCAGAGCGUAGCUCUGCAAGUACCUGUGUAAUAAUGCUCAACCUUCAUGUCUCCAUAUAAACGAAACUCCAUGGGAGCUC